CAUAAAUUGCAGAAGACAUUUCUGAUACAAAUUAUAUUAUAAGAUGGAGUGUUUGUCUGAGGAAAAUGUUAUGAAGCGUCAGAAGGCUCCAGAUUGGACCGAGCCAGCAGAAAUUGUGUUGAAUGCGCUGGUUCGGGACCACUGGAACCUUCUAUUCGGCGAUUAUAAGGGGAUAGGAGCGGAAAAAAUUUCGGUACUCAGAAGAAAGAAAUGGGACGAGAUUGGGAGCAGGUUGUCAUUAGAAUUCGGAGUCGCAAGAACUGGCGAACAGUGCCGGAAGAAAUUCCAAAAUUCAAAAGCUCGGUACAUAAAAAAGGUCGGAGAAAUGAGGCACCCAACAACAGGCGGUGGCGAUGCAGUUCAAUUAACAUCGUCGGAGGAGGUGCUUGCCUCCACGAUGCAAGGCCACCCUGUUGUUCAGGGCCUAACAGGGGGUGUAGACUCAGACGUUGUUGCAUCACAGACAAGGAUUUGGGCACUGGCAACCGGGAGCAAUCCGGAACAGAAAGAACAAAUGACCGUGGACACACAACUGGAGAACAAAAACGAUUUGGAAAACGACGGUAAAGAACAUGGAGAAAAGGAAGGACGCACUGAACCAGUCGAACGUGGACUGAAAAGAAAGGAAUCAUUCUCAAAGAAGUCGGACAAGAGGCGCACCAUAACUGAGAGCAGCAUCGACUGCCUAACGUCUGAAGAUCUGCGAGUAGACAUUAAGAAAAUUAACAUAGAAAUUGAGAAACUAAAUCAUGAAAUUGAGAAAAUUAUACUGGAAAAGCAACUUGUUAAGUUAAAAAUCAAAAACGAGGAAAAUUAUGCCAUUUAUCUACAGUCUAAGACCAUGUAUUACAAUGCAAAGGUGUUAGGUAACUUAUAGAAUUCGAUUUGACUUAAGGCGUAAAAAGUUGUUUGUAAAGUUAAAAAGUUAAAAAAAAAGUGUAAGGAUUUUAUUAUUAUUAAAUGAUUGAUUGACUCACGUCAUUUAUUUAUUAUGCCCCUCUUCGAGGCUGUUUGAUUAAAAAUAUUGCAAACUUGUUUUGGUUAAAUAUUUAUCUGUAUAUCAUGAAACACAUUCGAUACACCCCUUGAACAGUUUUCAUAUAAUGUAUGAAGGUACUUUGAAAAGGAGAAUGUUACACAUUUUACAUGUAUAGUGUUUCUUAAACAGUAUGACUGCAAAAAAUACAUUUACAGGUAAUAAAAGGAAAAUGAAUAGCUAA